AUGGAUCAGAAUGAUUUUAUAUUCCAAGACGAAUCAGAAGAUACUUCUGAUAGUAUAUUAGAAUAUAAUUUAGAUUCUAUUUCUGUUAUGCCUUUUGAAUCUUCAGCUUUAUAUAACGAAUAUUUAAUAUCGUCUCCUAAUCUUGAACAUACUACUUCAUUAUACACUUCCGAAUCUUUAUAUAGUUCUGAACCACUUACUUUAGAUAACCCUAAAAAUCUUACUUUAUGUAACGAAUAUUCAACGUCGUCUCCUAAUCUUGAACAUACUACUUCAUUAUACACUUCCAAAUCUUUAUAUAGUUCUGAACCACUUACUUUAGAUAACCCUAAAAAUCUUACUUCACCAUCAGAUAUUCCAGUUAAAAAAGGUGAAAAAAUAGGACCAUGUGGAGAAACUUUUGCGCUUCUUACUAGUACUAGUACACUCGGAGCUCAUCUUUGUACAGUGCAUCGUUUGUCAGAAAAAGCUCAAAACGAUCCCACACAACCCACAUUAUUAGAUACAAUAACAAAACCAUCAUCAUUAUCUUCUAAAAAAAAGUAUAAAUUAACAUCUAGACUUUUGGCAUGGUUGAUUGAUGAUAUGCUGGCAUUUAAUAUAAUGGAAAAUGAUAAAUUUCAUGAUUUUGUAUAUGAGGCUGAACCCCAGCGUCUGUUAUUACUCAAUGAAUCAAUCCAAUUACUUGUUAAAAAAAUGGUUCAAAAUGCUGAUCGAGAAAUUCGUAAAGAUGGAAAAAAAUUAGAGGCUUUACUGUUAAAUAAAGAAGAAUUAUUAGGUCUUAAAGAACUUAUUAGUUUAUUAGAACCCUUUGCCUGCGCAACAUGUCUAAUGGGUGGUGAUACAUAUCCCACACUCUCUCUUAUGCUUCCAACAAUUGCAACCCUUCAAAAACACUUCUUAAUAUAG